UCGUCAUUAAAGCAACAUCUAAAAUAAAGCAUAGGUGUGUACAGUGUUUCAGUCAAACAUAACAGCCACAACCAGGGAGGAGGGCUUAAGCCUCAACGGGUCUGAGGUGUGCAUUUUGUUCAGUCGCCCUGGGCUUGGCUUCUGCUGCCAUACAAGCCGUCUCUCCUCUACGCACCAUCCGCAGGCUUCUCUGUUGGACUCCAAAAAAGUUCUGAACCUUGGUAUCUUCCUGAAGCAAUUUAAAAGGCCUGUGGAAGCCAUCGUGGCUGAUAUUCGGGAUGGAGUCGGGGCCCUCUAUGGGGCAGAGAAGCUGCUGGAGCUGUCCAGGAUGCUGCCUGAUGGGGAGGAGGUUAAGAAGUUGGCCGCGUUCCGAGGUAACCAGAAGCGGCUCUCGGAGGCGGAGUCCUUUGCUGUUCUCCUGGUCCAGGUGCCCAGCUAUGCCCGCCGCCUGGAGCUGCUGGUGCUGAAAGAAGAGUUCUUCCCACGGCUCAACACGCUGCAGUCUGCCCUCCAGAUCAUGACUGAGGCCGCCUUAGAGUUGUUGGACUGUGAAGAGCUGCAUGAGCUCCUCCACCUGGUGCUGGAGGCAGGCAACUUUGUGAAUGAGGGAGGCUAUGCUGGGUCUGCCCUCGGUUUCCGCCUGCCUUCACUGCUCAAGCUGGCCGACACCAAAGCCAACCGGCCGGGCGUGGACCUCCUGCACUUCGUGGCUCAGGAGGCCGAAAAGAGGGACCCGAGGCUUCUGUUCUUCCCCAGGAAACUGCCGCAUGUUGGGCCUGCCUCACGGAUUUUUGGUCUGGAGGUCGUGGCGGAGCUGCAGAGCUUGGGGCAGCGAGUGCUGGAAGCCCAGGAGGGGCUGGAGGCCUUGGGCCUGAAGUCCCAGAUGGAGCCCUUCUUGCGGGCGGCAGAGGCUGAGCUGUCUGCUGUCAGGGCCUCUCUGGACAGCCUGAACCGAGCCACGGCUGCUCUCUGUGAUUUCUUCUGCGAGGAGCCAGAGAACUUCUGCCUGGUUGAGAGCUGCCGCAUCUUCCAGGCCUUUGGGGAGCGCUUCCUCUUGGCUGCUCAGGAGAACCGCGCGCGGGAGGUAGCAGAGCGGCAGCGGCGGCAGCGGCAGGAACAGGCACGCCAGAAGAAGAAGCGGCGCUCCAUCGCCACGUGCUCCGCCCAGGACCCGGGCCUGCAGGAUGUGGAGCUGGACCUCCUCUUCCUGGGGGCGCCUCCUUCUGGCCGGCGCAGCCGGGCCCUGCGGGGGCCCCACCCCCCCUUCGACACCCCCCAAGGCCGAGAGAGGCCGCUGCCCCUCAGCCGGCGCCAUACGCUUGCUGCGCUGGCCCCCUGCCCCGAGCCUGCCCCCCCACCAGAGGACUCAAGCGCGGCAGUGCUCCCCAGCAAGGCCCAGAGGGCCAGGCUCUUUGGGCAGAGCCUCAAGGCCUUGCUGAGCCCCCCUCCUGCAUCGCCCCCCAAGGAGCCUGGCUCGCCAGGAGCCUCCAGGGCUUUCCGCUUCCCCGCCCUUUUCCAGAAGAAACUCCUUCCCAGGGUGACAGAGACUCCCGCUUCACCCCAGGCGUCCCCUAGGGAUGUCUCUGCUCUGGUGGGGUUCUUCCGCCGCCUGAGCACUGGGGAGAGGCCGCAGCUCCCUUCUCAGGCCUGAGGCCCCCUUGGCUGCGUGGAGGGCUUUCCUUGGGCC